AUGACAGACCACAGAGCGCGGGACCGCGCCCAAGGCAGCCAAGAUAUUAUCAACUUCGCCAUCAGUUCGAUCGACCGCGUACGAGAUAUUGCAUGGGGCAUUAUCCGCCAGGACCCGAAGCCGUUCUGCAGGAAUCCUCGCAGCGCCCUGGACCCGAAGCCGUUCUGCAAGAAUCUUCGCAGCGCCCUGGAUGGCGUCAAAAUGGAGCUGCUGAGGCCUAAUCAAAGCCAAGACGAGGCUCAGCUGAAGAAGGUGAAAAGCCUACUAAACAAUUUAGAGAGAUUGUGCAACGUGCGUUUUUCUUCUUCUUCUUCUUCUUUGGUUUGCCCGGCUGCCUGCCGGGACGUCGGCCUGGCAGGUGUGCGGAAUUCCACAUACAACCACGAAUCUCGUGGCUCUUUACCCCCUCCUGCUGGCUGGAUCAUUUACUAUUGGCCACGUCGGAGCGAGCACAAAGCAAAUCAGUGGCCCACGCUCAAGGCUAUCCGCUCCGGUCCAUCUACAGAAAGGGCAAGAAUUUGCCUUUACAAUGUUGCCGUGGAACCCAAUAAGAAGGACUACAGGGCGGAUGCGAUCAAGAAACUCAAGGACUAUUCGGCAGCGACUUGGAAGCAGGAGGCGGCCGAAGCGGCGCAGGUCAACGAUGCCUCAGUGACUUCCCCAGCACCCCAUAAUAGCCACGAGCUCGACGAUGACAUCCAGUACCUUUAUAAGAUUUUGAAGCAGUAUCGGUCAUGCCAAAAUGAUCAAUCUCCUGGCGAUAUCGUGAUCAAUCUCCGGCUUAACGGUUACAGAAACCUUACGGCAAGCGGUGCCUCGGUCGAAAUUUUGGCGGAGAAUGCCUCGGCGGAAUUCGGCAUUCUAUUACUCGACCAUCCGCACAAAAACCAAGGCUUCUGGCAAGAGGCUAGCAUCCAAACAGUUUCCCCUUCAGGGCCAGAGGCUCCAACAGUACAAGUUACUGAUGAAGAUGUGGCACCCGGACAUAUGGGUACGCUCGCGAUGGAGGCGAUAGUUGAGCACGACUGCAUUCCCUUCGAGAGCUUCUGUGAGCGCAUUAGCAAUCGCGACCAGGGCCUGUUGCGCAUGUCCACGCGGGACGACAAAUUGGUAUAUCAUAGACCAGGCGAUCUGAGCCGCGAAUGGCUACCUCAUGUAGAGGCUGUACCAUUGGCAAGCCUCUUCUCCAGGCCAGACCUGUAUCUGCUUGACAAGUCUAAGGCAAUCCUGGCGAUGCUGGCGGCCAAGGCGACGUGGGAAUUUUACGACAGCGACCUUCUCGCCCAGGGGCUGACGAGCGAAACUGUGCAGUUCAUCUGUGAGAAGCGAUCUGGAAGAACAGGAGUCUUCAUCAACGAGCCGAUGCUGCUGACCCAGUACAUGGAAAAGGAUGGCACAAGCACCAGGGAUGGUAAGUCUGACAGCCGCUUGGCCACCCUGAGUACGGAGACUAUUCAUGACAUGCCCCGGAUCCUUGCGCUCGGUAUAUUGCUAUUGGAGCUAGAGACCAGGAAACCCAUGAAGACGCACCGGGAAAACCGCAGACUUUGCCCCCCGGGGCCGUUUGGUAUUAACACCGAUUACAAGAUCGCCUGCAAGCUCAUCGCUACUGGUCCCGAUGCCAGUGAAAGCAUUAUAUCCGACAUAGAACCUCUGUCCCCUCUGAGGAAGAUCUUGCCUCUUUGCAUCACGCCCGGGAGUCUCGAGAGGAAGAUCGGAGAGGAUCUUAGUGCUCGGGGCUUGGCUAAAUCCGCCUCUCAAGUCAACAAGCAGAAUGCCCUGCGUUCUGUUAUCUACAACGAGCUGGUCCGCCCCUUGGAAGACUGGGCAAAACGAUAUACCGAUUUCGACCGCAUCAAGCCUCUGUACGAGGUCUCGGCUGUGCCGGCCAGGCACAGACCUGAACGACCGCCGAUUCAACCCCAGACAGCCUCUCCGGCGAAACUCUUAGCCAAUGUGGCGGAGGAUAAAUUUCGCAAAGACUCGCAGGAGUGGUUCCGUCUGUAUGAAGAGCUCCGAGACGUUCUGCAGCCAGCAGAAGAAGAGAAAAAGUCGGGUUACAAAGCCGUGAAGAUUGCCGUAUUAGACACCGGCAUUAGUAAGGACCUCUACACAUAUCAUAGAGAAUGGCCCGGCGAUUUUGAGUAUGUGGACUUUGUCGACACGGCCCGUCAGGAUGAGGGCCCCAUCGGAGACAAAAACACGGAGCAUGGGACCGCCGCUGUGUUGCUCCUAACAAAGAUGUGUCCAAAUGCAAGUUACUGCGUAGCUAGAGUGCUCAAGGAGAAUGUCGCAUUACAGUCUGAUGCCGUCUUGAUAGCGAAGGGCAUUGACUGGGCCAUUGAUCAAAAGGUAGAUAUCAUUACCAUGGCUAUCGGUUUCCAGGUGGCGCAAAAAGCCAUAGUGGAGGCGAUCCGCCGGGCGCACACGCAGGGCAUCCUCAUCUUCUCGGCAGCCUCCAACAAGGGCAGACUCGAGAAUGUUUACUGCCCUGCCAACAUGAUUGAAGAGGUGUUCGGCAUCUUCUCGACCAAUGCAGGCAUCUACCAUUCCAGCUCGCUGAACCCGGCGCCGCUGCCAGAGAGCUUCGCCGUCUUUGGCGAAAAUAUCGAGUUGGAGGAGGGCCUCCCGCUUUGCAGAGGCACCUCGUACUCAACGUCGGUUGCAGCAGGUCUAGCGGCCGCCCUGCUCGACUUCUCGCGGCAGGAUCGGGCCAAGGAUGACGAGUCCAUCCUCUCCCAGCUCGGCAGCCGGCCGCACAUGCGAAGCGUGUUCCGGGAGAUGGCGGUGAUGCCCCGCAAGGAGUACCUCUGCCUGCAACCGUGGUCGCUGCUGAAGAGUGCGACGGCGUCCGAGAAGGUACCGCGUGAUCAGCAGCGGGAUUGGAUUCGGGGCAGCAUCGAGCGUUGGCUGGAGCCCAAUUGGCUCCUUCGGGCCGGGCGAUUUUGA